ACAAAGCUUGAUAACUAAAAAGCUUCCUCCUUUUUUUCUCUCUGAGAUUUUCCGGGAAAACGAGAGACUCGUAAACCAAGAAAACUCUCUGCCAAAAUCCUCAAAAUCAAUUGAUUGAACGAAGCCCAUCAAUCAAAUCCCCUCGUUUCUCAAAACCCAUAUCUCCUUUUCUUCUCUCACCUUGAUUUUAGCCGUAAAGUAAUCACCUUUUCAACUUCUCAAAAGCCCUCUGUUUCUCUCUCUCUCUCUCUGUAAGGACGAUGAAAGAGUAUUGGACAUCAUUGGCUUCGCUACUCGGCGUUUUAGCCUUUUGUCAAAGCCUAAUGAAUUCAGUAUUCCCACCGGAGCUCCGUUUCGCCUUCUUGAAACUCUUCAACAGAGUCUUUAAACUCUUCUCCACCUUCUGUUACUUCGACAUAACAGAGAUUGACGGCGUCAACACCAACGAGCUUUACAAUGCCGUCCAGCUUUACCUCAGCUCCUCCGUCUCCAUCGCCGGUAACCGUCUCAGCCUCACACGCGCCGUCAACUCUUCCUCCGUCACGUUAGGUCUCUCCAACAACGACUCCAUCGUCGACACGUUUAACACCGUCACCGUCGUCUGGGAACACAUCGUUACACAGAGACAAACUCAAACCUUCGCUUGGAGACCAAUGCCGGAAGAGAAACGUGGCUUCACGCUACGGAUCAAGAAGAAAGACAAGAACUUGAUCCUUGAUUCUUACUUAGAUUACAUCAUGGAGAAAGCUAACGAGAUUCGUCGAAUGAAUCAAGAUCGGCUUCUUUACACGAAUUCACGAGGUGGGUCUCUUGAUUCAAGAGGUCUUCCUUGGGAAUCUGUUCCCUUUAAGCAUCCCAGUACCUUCGAUACUCUGGCCAUGGAUCCGGUUAAGAAGCAACAGAUCAUGGAGGAUCUUACGGAUUUCGCUGAAUGUCAAUCUUUUUACGAGAGAACUGGUCGGGCUUGGAAAAGAGGUUACUUGCUUUAUGGACCUCCCGGAACAGGGAAAUCGAGCAUGAUCGCCGCCAUGGCUAACUAUCUCCGGUACGACAUCUACGAUCUCGAGCUCACGGAGGUCAAAAGCAAUUCAGAGUUGAGGAAGCUAUUGAUGAAGACUAGCUCCAAGUCGAUAAUUGUGAUUGAGGACAUUGAUUGUUCUAUCAAUUUAACGAAUCGGAACAAGAAACAGAGCACAGGGAGCUACAAUGAACCGGAGAUGUUAACCGGGUCCGGUUUAGGUGAUGAUUUCGGUAAUGGGAACAACACGAUAACUCUUUCAGGUUUGUUGAAUUUCACUGAUGGACUUUGGUCUUGUUGUGGUAGCGAGAGGAUUUUUGUGUUCACGACGAAUCACAUUGAGAAGCUUGAUCCUGCAUUGCUUAGAAGUGGAAGAAUGGAUAUGCAUAUACACAUGAGUUACUGUACGUUUUCUUCGGUCAAAAUCUUGCUGAGGAAUUACUUGGGGUUCGAGGAAGGCGAUCUUAACGACGACGUUUUGAAGGAGCUUGAGGAAGUUGUUGAUAGGGCUGAGAUUACGCCGGCUGAUGUAAGUGAGGCUUUGAUUAAGAACCGGAGAGACAAAGAGAGAGCUGUGAGGGAGCUUUUGGAGGAUUUGAGAAGUAGAGUGGAGAGAAAUGAGAAGAAUGGGAAAUUGAGGGGUCAAAAUGGGAGCUUGGAAGAGCAAGAGAAAAGAGCUUUGGACAGUCUUUACGCAGAAGAGAACGGAGGAGAAGAAGAAGAGAUUGAGGAUAACAUUUGCAAAAGUAGUGAUGAUUAUUAAGUGUUUUAUGUUUCAUUGUUUUUGAAUAGGUCUCUAACAUUUCUAUGUUUACACAAUGUGAAAGUUGUGUGAUCUUUCUUAUGUUUCUCCUUUUUUGGGUAGUUAACUUUUUGAAGUAAGCUAUAAAGUGAAGAAGAAGGAGAGUAAUAAAAAAGAGAUAGAGAG